UGGCCCAGGCUCUGGCAUCCAACCUGCUGCCGCCAGGACCUGGCCCAGCUGAGUGACUGCCGACCGCGCGCAGAGCACACGCUCGCUCGCGCUCCAGCUCCCUCCUUCGCGGUUCAUGACCGCGCGCUCUGCCCGUAGCCUCCGCCAUCCCGCGCUGCACCUCCGCUGCCAGGGUCCCCGAGGGAAGGAAGGCAGCAAGGCAGGCGCAGUGGUGCGCCCGGCUGAGCCCACGACCCCGGCCCGCAGCCUGCUGGCACCAUGCUGCCCACGCACUGCGUCCGCCUGCUCACACCCCACUUGCUGCUUGUGUUGGUGCAGCUGUCUCCGGCUGGCGGCCACCGCACCACCGGCCCCCGGUUUCUCAUAAGUGACCGUGACCCUCAGUGCAACCUCCACUGCUCCAGGACUCAACCCAAACCCAUCUGCGCCUCCGACGGCAGGUCCUAUGAGUCCAUGUGUGAGUACCAGCGAGCCAAGUGCAGAGACCCAGCCCUGGGUGUGGUACAUCGAGGUCGAUGCAAAGAUGCCGGCCAGAGCAAGUGUCGCCUGGAGCGGGCUCAGGCCCUAGAGCAAGCCAAGAAGCCCCAGGAAGCGGUGUUUGUCCCAGAGUGCAGCGAGGAUGGCUCCUUUACCCAGGUGCAGUGCCACACUUACACAGGGUAUUGCUGGUGCGUCACCCCCGAUGGGAAGCCCAUCAGCGGCUCUUCCGUGCAGAAUAAAACUCCUGUAUGUUCAGGUUCAGUCACCGACAAGCCCUUGAGCCAGGGUAACUCAGGAAGGAAAGUCUCUUUUCGCUUUUUUUUAACCCUCAACUCAGAUGACGGGUCCAAGCCGACACCCACGAUGGAGACGCAGCCGGUGUUCGACGGGGACGAAAUCACAGCUCCCACUCUAUGGAUUAAACACUUGGUAAUCAAGGACUCCAAACUGAACAACACCAAUGUCAGAAAUUCAGAGAAAGUCCACUCGUGUGACCAGGAGAGGCAGAGUGCCCUGGAAGAGGCCCGGCAGAAUCCCCGAGAGGGCAUUGUCAUCCCAGAGUGCGCGCCUGGGGGGCUAUAUAAGCCAGUGCAGUGCCACCAGUCCACUGGCUACUGCUGGUGCGUGCUGGUGGACACGGGGCGCCCACUGCCUGGGACCUCCACGCGCUAUGUGAUGCCCAGCUGUGAGAGCGACGCCCGGGCCAAGAGUGUGGAGGUAGAUGACCCCUUCAAGGACAGGGAGCUGCCAGGCUGUCCGGAAGGGAAGAAAAUGGAAUUUAUCACAAGCCUCCUGGAUGCCCUCACCACUGACAUGGUGCAGGCUAUUAACUCAGCGGCGCCUACUGGAGGUGGGAGGUUCUCAGAGCCGGACCCCAGCCACACCCUGGAGGAGCGAGUGGUGCACUGGUACUUCAGCCAGCUGGACAGCAACAGCAGCAACGACAUUAACAAGCGGGAGAUGAAGCCCUUCAAGCGCUACGUGAAGAAGAAAGCCAAGCCCAAGAAAUGUGCCCGGCGGUUCACUGACUACUGUGACCUGAACAAGGACAAGGUCAUCUCGCUGCCUGAGCUGAAGGGCUGCCUGGGUGUGAGCAAAGAAGCAGGACGCCUCGUCUAAGGAGCAGAGAACCGAGGGGCAGGUGGAGAGGCCUGGGAGGCAGGACGGGUCAUCAGACGCCUGACCCUGGACGCUGCCACGGCCCAGCCACAUCCCAUGUAACAUGAGUGGUGCCCACCGUGUUUGCACUUUUAAUAACUCUUAUUUGCGUGUUCUCUUUUCGGUUUCAUUUGUAAACACCAAUAUCUAAUACCACAGUGGAAAAGGAAAGGGAAGAAAGACUGUUUAUUCUCUCUCUUAUUGUAAGAUUUUGGAUCUGCUACUGACAACUUUUAGGUUGGGAGGGGGGUGUUGUGGGACUGAGAAGAAAGAGAUUUAUAUACUGUAUAUAAAUAUAUAUGUAAAUUGUAUAGUUCUUUUGUACAGGUGUUGGCAUUACUGUUUGUUUGUUCCCCCUGUCUCCCUGAUGUGGGCUUUUGGAGCUCUGGACACAUGGCCCAGGUUUAGGCUUAAUGCCCAGCCCAGCUGCAUUUGGUGUGGAAAUGGCCCGCCAUGUGCAUGUGGACGGGAGCCUGGGAUUAUACUGCAGGCUCCCUCAGUCUCCCCCCGGUGGGCAGAGGGGAGUGCACCAUGCCCUGGCUGUCGAGACUGGCGAGCCACUUCAUGGCUGGCCCUUUCGGGGGGGGUGGGUGGAUUGUGGGGGGGAUGGGAGCUGCCUCUGCAGGAGGGCGACAUUUAGCUCAGAUACAAGUUCUCCCUGUUGUCCAGACCCCCAGGUGGCCGGAGAUCCAUAGGUAGACCAGGAUCCUAGUGACCCACAGUACAGGUGUCCUUGGAGCAUUUGCAUUAGGUCAGUUGAAAUAUUUUCACCCACAUUUAGUGCCUACUCUGUGUAAAACGUGAGAGGGGAGGCAAAGAGGAAAAAGGCAGAGGGUGGAGCCUUUUAUGUAGAUGUUUAAUAUUUAGGCAGCAGAAGGAAGAGCACAGAAAGUGUCAUUGGUUGAGUGCAGCACCCACCCAAAGGAAGUCUCCUCCCCUGCAGACCUACAGCCCAGGCAUCUGAGACCUACCCAGCCACCCUGCAAGGCCACUGGGUCAGGCUGGGUUUUCACCUCCACUCCCCACCACACACCCCCUUCCCCCGCCAUCCCCAGUGGUCAGCACAAGCCUGAGGGAGGAGUGGGGUCCGUCACCUUGUUGGUAACUGAAUGGUUUUAUUUUUUAACCCAAUACUGAGGUUCUUUCUGUUUCCUCAAAUGUUUUUAAGGGCUCCCAGGCAUGAGGCCAAUUCCAGAGCCUCCCGGAAGUGCAGGAACAAUAACCCAGCUCAGGCAAGCACAGGCCUAGCUGUCCCCAGACCUUUCACCAGGGCUCCUGUGGGAACUGCCCAGCCUUUGGGGCAGACGUGCAGCUUCCUUUGCCCAGGUGACCAUGCACAUUCAGACAGAGAGCGUCACUUAGCACCACUUCCCAUGAGCAGCCAUGGCAGCAGCGAGGGAGGGCAGGUACCCCAGGACUGGUGCCCUUGUUGGAUUGCUCUUGGGAAUCUGGCCUCACCUUGUAUCCCAGUCCAGCAUUCCUAUUAGUGCACCCACCUUGCAGGCUGUGUACCCCACCUUGGCUUGGAAUGCUUUGGCAUGGUAAGGCCGCCUCCCCCAAGGCCUUGGGGGAGGACCCCCCAGGGGGAACAUGGCCUCUUUGGGAUAUGAUCUGAAGGUUCUGGCUGUCCAGGAGAAAGUCCUAGAGCUUGCCUCGGGGAUGACUGGAGGCCCCAUCCCAACACAGGAAGGGGGAAAGGGAGCUCUCGCCCGUCAGCCUGGCCCAGAAGACUCGGCGUGCUGGAGCUGGAUGGACCGUCCAGUUGACCCGUCCCCUGCCCUGGCCCGGAGGAAACACAUCAACACGGAGGAGGCUCCCCCUGUAGAAACCAGACCCUCCCCCAGGCUUCUUCUUUCUCACCUGUGUGUAGGCUGUGUUUGCGGUUUCCUUUGUGAGGGGGGAGGGACACUAUUAGUAGCUUGUUUUAUGAGAAAUAAAAAUGAGUAAACCUUG